AUGUGCGAGCGGAGGACGGUUCACGUCUUCCUGGGGGCUCCGGCUCCCUCCUCAGCGUCCGCAGGUGGGGGGCAGGGGGAGGAGCGUCGCCCUGAUGAGUGGAGACACCUGGAGCUCACCUGGCGGGACGGCCGUCUGAGUCCAGCGGCAGAUACAUAUAAUAUAUGUGCUUCAGAGGAAGCUGGAGAUGGUCUUCUGGAGGAACCAAGCAACCGAGAGAACAAAGACACCGAGCGAUGCACGUCGAGGUGUCUAAUCCAGCCCGCAGAACGGACCGCGGAGGCAAAGCUUAGCGCUGUUGAAGGCGAUCUCAGACCUGCAGAAGGAUUCCUGAGAGAAGAAGAACCAGACGCCGGACAGGAAGACCAGUGCUCGGCUUCGGUUCUUGGGUAUCUUGACAGCUGUUUUCCUGCAGCUCAACCAGAACCAGUAAAACCAGAACCUCCAUGCGGCUCUAAACAGCGGCCGUUGCCUGGCGCCGCUUCCCUGUCCGCCCGCACCCAGUACCUCACCACGUGGACGCUGAGUCAGGCACUAAUCCUGAGAGGAAGCCAAUCGACCACCACCAGCCCGGAGAAGACCCUGCCUCCUCAAACCCCCUCUAAGGACACCCAAACACCUCCGUCCGUCUCCUCCGGCACCCCGGAGCUCUUUGGCCCCGCAACGCCAUCACCCGAAGCCCCCGCCAGGCUCCUUAGCCAACCCGGCCCCACGCUCCCGAGGGCGGAGGAAGGGGGCGUGGUGGUCGAGGCCACCGCGGACGGAGUGCUCUGCUCCCAAGAGGCCGAGCCGCAGGAGUCCAGGACCCCCCGAGGCUCUCCUCCCAAACCUCCUGGUGUCAAGAAGGCGAGACUCUUAGAAAACCUCAGGACCAAAGAGCCCACCAACCCCCCUGCGGGGCUCCAAGGUCCCACCACACUUCUGGUCCGAUGUGACAAACAGGGGUUCCGGCUCUCGGUUCUGGUGGCGGUGGUUCACCCCUGUCACCUGAAGGAGGUGAAGGUGAAGUCCGGGGCGGCUAGGGGAACCUCCGUCCCUCUGGCGUCCAUUGUGGUGACGGACCAAUCUGGCGUGGAGAUGAAAGUGGUGCUGUGGCGCCGGGCGGCGUUCUGGGCGUUGACCGUCAGUCCUGGAGACGUUCUGCUCAUCACAGGUCUACAGGUGAAUGAAGACAGGUGGAGGGGAGAGACGGUGCUGCAGUCCACCUUCACCAGCAAACUGCUCAACCUGGGACGGGUCACCGCCUCGGCCUCGCCGACAGCUCCUCGGCAUGUCGACGCUGACUCUCUGAGGUCACUGUGUGUUUUUCUUCGGGAGCGGCGCCCCCUGCUGGUGUCUCUGAACCUCUGCCCACCUCAGGACCUGAGCCGCCUCCCCCACGCCUGCCUGAGGUCACUGAGGGUCAACACCCUGGUCCACGCUCUGCUGCGGGUCACGCACACAGAAAUCGGCACAGCUUGGAGGAGUGAGGCGGAUUCUCGCUUCAGGUCAGCGGUUCAGCUGCACGCCGUUUUGACCGUGGAGCAGCCGCUCGGCCAGCAGGGGGAGCUACUGCUGUGGGGAGCAGCUGUGGACUGGCUGCCUCGCUUCACCCGAGACCGAGCGGCUGUCUGGGACUUUCGGUUCCUCUUAGUCAGGGAGAGCUCGACCUCCAACCUGGCGGAGCUGCAUUCCACCUCCUGGAGCUCGGCCCGGCCUCUGGAUCCCACCGACCGCCGGGUGCUGGACUUCAUCAGACCGCCACCCUUCCCAAACGGUGGCAGCCUGGAACUGGACCUUGACACGCUGCUGUCUCAGAAAUACAGCGGUGACGCGGAGCUCAGGGUCCAGGUCUAUGCUUUCCACUUCCAAGACUCUCCGCCUUCCCAGAAUGCACCUCAGCCGGUCCUGGACAGCUCCACGCCGCUCGAUGGUAUCCUAGCGGCGCUGAGCGGUGACAUCACCUACACCGGCUGCGGUCGCUGCUCCACAGAACUUGAUACCGACGCCAACGGUAUUUACAGGCCGUGUUACCGCUGCCUGCCCAACACCACUGUACGCCGCUACUACAGGCCGGGUGUGUUGACUGUGAGUGGCCGGGGCAGCCGCCAGGUGUGCGUUCAGGUUCCUCCGGUUCCUCUUCAGGAGAUCCUGGAGGCCCCGCCCGAUAAACUCAGCAGGAUCUCAGCUCCAGGCUCCGAGGUGAAGAACGUCCAGGUGGCAGCGGAGAGAAUCCGGAUCCUCCUCUCCCUCCCGAGGAAAACCUUCGUCCUCACCGUCCGGAGCGACUGCCUGUGCGACGAAAACAGCGUCCCCCUCAGUCGGGAGUUUACGCUGCUCGACCUUCGGCCGACUGAUGAAGCUAAGCAGCUAACGUUAGCUAACUAGCUUUACUAGCGGUGAAGGUCGUCUUCAUUGGCUGAUUGAGGAAGGUUGUUGGGUUAAAAGUUGACGUUAUCACCCAUCUUACGUUAGCUCAAACCAGCGAGCCGUGUGAACGUUCCUCACUUGAGGCCUCUCGCUUUGUCCUUGUCUCCUGUCUCCUUUUGUAUUUACUGCCCAAUAAAAGAUGUAUAAACAACCUUUUUCAAGUAACGAUUACACAUCAUAAAAAAACAUUGGAAAAAUGUCAUAUAAAUAUAAAAGGCGCUCAUCUGCAAACAAAUGUAUGUUUGUGUUUUAUAAAAUGCAUUUUGUUUCUAUCAGUGGCUAUUCUUCAAAGAGGAAUAAAGACUUUCAUUCUCUCUUCUGAUAAAUGAAACUUUUCCUGCUGCA